AAAAGUACCAACACAGACCCGAGGUGCUGUUCAACGCUGAUAGAAAGACGUGGAUAGACCAGCUUGCGCGCUUUUGCCUUUGGUUUCCGAGUGCGAGCUCGUGUAUUUGUCGGAAUUGCAGCGAACAAACCCGAGUUGGUAGUUAAACUCUCUGGAGUUUGGUGUGAGUCGCUUUAUUUGCUGUUUUUCGCUUGUGGAAGUGGACUGCACUGAUACUUGGAAUCGGUCAGACGAGUAAAACACGAAGAAGCCCAAGCAGCUUCUCCGCCGCUUUUAUUUUAUUUUCCUGCCCGCAAGUUUGCCUUCAACUUCGCCGCAAAGGAGAGUUUGAAGAAAGCGGGAGCGGACAAGAUUUCCACGCGGUGCCACCUGUGGAUGGAGAGACUCUAUCAUUACGCACACUAUUGAAGAUCUGCUUCAGACAGAGAUGUCCCACUUAUUCUAGUAAAGUUUAAAACCCUCCAUCCACUAAAACAAACAACCAUCAAGAGAAAAAUCCCCCAAAAAAUUCAAUAUUGAGCAACAAAAUCUUCCAAGGAAUCAAGACAAUCAAACAGAAGUCCUAAAGAAGUCCUAUUAAUCCAUCCAUCCUCUACAAGUGAGAAGAUGGAGUGGAGGCCCGUUUCAUUCACUGGCCUCUCUCUGGCCUUGUGUGUAUGUGCACUUUUCGGCCUGACUCUUGCCACCCCAUCAGGACCCGCCUCGGCCACCUGUGCAAUCCUGGAGCAAAGUCGAUUCUUUGGUGUGUUUUCAUCCAAAACGGCUUUUCCAUCCGCCCCAUGCUCGUGGACCCUACAGAACCCAGACCCACGCCGCUACACUGUCUACAUGAAGAUCACCAAACCUACCGAAUCCUGCACCCCUCGCCAGAUCAAGACCUUCCAAUUCGACUCCUUCCUGGAGACCUCGCGGACCUAUCUGGGUAUGGAGAGCUUCGACGAGGUGGUGCACCUUUGUGAUGCCACUUCUGCAGUUGCCUACCUGGAGUCCAGCAAGCAGUUCCUCCAGCUUAGGAAGGUGGUCCCCCAAAUCAGUACAGACAAUCAUGAUGAAGAGGAAAGCAGUGACGACGAGGGUAGCCAGUUCAGCUCGGAGUUCUUGGUCGUAGGCAAGCGGAACCCUAGCGUACCUGCGUGCGAAAUGCUCUGCAAGUGGCUCGAAGACUGCCUGGCGACCAGCUCCCAAGGUAAUCCCUGCGGGAUCAUGGCCACACCAUGCCAGUGCUGGGAGACACCCAAGAGGAGGCCAGGCGGGUGCUACAGGGGUGGGGUCUACGUGGAUAAGUGCACACCGACUUCAAGGGACCUGAACAGGGAUGCUGAGAUCAUGAAGGGCUGGUCUGGUUGGGGUCGCUGGUCUGAGUGCAGUAAUGAGUGUGGGGGUGGAGCCCAGGUGCGCAGCAGGGCGUGCCAGCCCGAGGACAGUGUCUGUGAGGGUGUUGUUGAGGAAGCCAAAGCCUGCAACCCUCAACCCUGCAUCGGUAAAGUGCGCCAACGUAGCAGUGCUCUGCGCUCCAUUAUCGGCCUGAGAAGAGAUGGAGAGGAGACAGCGAUUUCUCAACCUGUUACAGAUGGAGUUCAGGAUCAGUGGUCCUCUUGGAGCUCGUGCUCUGUUAGCUGUGGUGAGGGUUGGCAAAGUCGGACACGCAACUGCAUGACAUCUGGACAGGGCAUACUCUGUACCGGCCCAUUAAGAGAAAACAGACCCUGCAACAACUCCAUCGUUUGCCCAGUGAACGGAGCCUGGGAUGAGUGGGCACCUUGGAGUUUGUGCUCAUCCACCUGUGGUCGCGGUUACCGUGAUCGUGUGCGUACCUGCAAGCCACCCAAUAACGGAGGAGAACCCUGCACCGGACCCAGAAAACAGACCAAAUUCUGCAACAUUGCUGUCUGCCCCGUCGAUGGUUCCUGGAACGAAUGGUCAGCUUGGACUCCAUGCUCCGCGUCUUGCUCCAAUGGGACCAUGCAGCGCACGCGCGAAUGCAACGGGCCAUCGUACGGAGGUUCAGAGUGCAGGGGAGACUGGCUUGAGACUAGCAAUUGCUUCCUUAGAGACUGCCCAGUGGAUGGGAAAUGGACCCCAUGGAGCUCUUGGGGCAGCUGUACUAAGACGUGUGGAGGAGGCAACCAGCAGAGACAGAGAUUCUGUGAGGGACCAUUCUUUAGUGGAGAACCCUGUCAUGGUGAUAAAGCUGAACUCAGACGCUGCAACGAGAAGAGAUGCCCUGAACCCCAUGAGAUUUGUGGUGAGGAGAGCUACGGAAAUGCAGUGUGGAAGAGAACUCCAGCAGGUGACACCGUAGCUGUUCCUUGCCCAUCUGAUGCCACAGGCUUUGUCCUCCGCAGAUGUACCCUUGACGCUAUUGGCUUGGCCUUGUGGGGAAACCCUAGCUACAUUAAAUGCGUCUCAAAAGAGUACCAAGACAUCCAGGCACAGGCUCGUGAGCAGUCCACCAAGUCACAGAAAGGCAUGUCAGUGGACGGCGUGUCUGAAAUGCUGUCCAGACUGAGAAUGACCUCAAAUGAUGCAACGAAAUACAGCGGAGAUCUUCUGGCAGUCAUGGAGGUGCUAAGGAACACCACUGAGAUCUUCAAGGUGGCUGGAUACAGUAGUGUUGAUGUUGAGAACUUUGUUCAAACAAUCAGCAAUUUACUGAAGGAGGAACAUCACGGCAAAUGGCAAGAAGCACAGCUGAUGGGCGUGAACAUCAAAGAGCUCUUCAGUUUGAUCGAGGACUUCAUUGACGUGAUUGGCAAGCACAUGAGAGAUUUCCAAGACCAUUAUGAAAUGACGGAAAACUUUGUCCUGAGCAUCCAGAAGCAUCCCAAAACGACGACUUCGGAUGUGACGUUCCCCCUGAAGGGAUGGAGAGGCAUGAUGGAGUGGGUCCGCAACUCUGAUGAGAAAAUUGUGGUGUCCCGCAAUGCCCUUAGUCUGGAUGUGCCAGAUGCCGAAGAGAGCACAGGCUUUGUGACUGGCAUUGUCCUCUAUAGAAACCUGGGCCCAAUCCUGUCUGUUCAGAGCAAUAGCACCAUGCUCAACUCCAAGGUGGUCACAGUUACUGUAAAACCGAACCCUGGUUACUUGUCCACACCUGUCGAGAUCGAGUUUCCUCACCUGCACAAUGACACCAUCAACGAGACAUGCAUCGCAUGGGACGAGAGCGAGACUGAGUCGUUGCUGGGCUCGUGGUCGGCUCGUGGCUGCAGAGCGCUCGCGCUCGAUUCAGGCAGGACCAGGUGCAUGUGCGACGAUCUGUCCACCUUCGCCAUCUUAGCACGGCCGAACCCCGAUUCAAACAUGGAUAAGAACCUGUUACCAUCAGUUACAAUGAUUGUGGGAUGUGGCGUUUCAUCGCUGACUCUCCUGCUUCUCAUCAUCAUCUAUGUCUCUGUUUGGAAGUAUAUCCGCUCUGAGCGCUCAGUCAUCCUUAUCAACUUCUGCUUGUCUAUCAUAUGUUCCAAUGCAUUGAUUCUGAUUGGUCAAACUCAGGCUCGCAAUAAGAUCAUGUGCACCCUGGUGGCAGCCCUCCUUCAUUUCUUCUUCCUCUCCUCUUUCUGCUGGGUUCUGACCGAGGCCUGGCAGUCCUACAUGGCAGUGACGGGUCGUCUGCGCAAUCGCAUUAUCCGCAAGCGUUUCCUGUGCCUGGGAUGGGGACUGCCUGCUCUCGUCGUGGCCAUUUCUGUUGGCUUCACCAAGGCCAAGGGAUACGGCACGGUCAAUUACUGCUGGCUGUCUCUUGAAGGAGGACUCUUGUACUCGUUCGUCGGACCUGCAGCUGCCGUUGUCUUGGUGAACAUGGUGAUUGGGAUUCUGGUCUUUAACAAGCUUGUGUCCAAGGAUGGCAUCACAGACGUGAAGCUGAAGGAGAGAGCUGGGGCAUCACUAUGGAGUUCAUGUGUAGUCCUGCCUCUGCUGGCUCUAACCUGGAUGUCUGCUGUACUAGCCAUCACAGACCGCCGCUCACCCCUAUUUCAGAUCCUUUUCGCUGUCUUUGAUUCGCUCGAGGGCUUCAUCAUCGUCAUGGUGCACUGCAUCUUGCGCCGAGAGGUUCAGGAGGCUGUAAAGUGCAGGGUGGUUGACCGUAAGGAUGACGGCAACGGCGACUCUGGGAGCUCUCUGCAAAACGGCCAUACACAACGCUUGGGUGACUUUGAAAAGGAUGGUGAUUCAAACAGAUCAGCUGGCAUGAAGAGCUCAUCAGAGGAGAAAAUGCCCCUGCCACAGCUCCCACUACCCAUGGGCCCCAACUUCCACACUCUUCCUUCAAAGCCCAGCGCUAAGACACACAUGCCCUCCAUGGCCGACUACGCCAGCCACACCCUGACCCUCCGUCGCGACAAGGGCCGCGGAGGCGAGCUACCCAGUGUUAAGCCCGUCUACGUUUGCGACAGUGACAUCUUCACGCAGAUGGACCCCGAGCUGGUGCAUGUGCCGACAGACGGCGGUGUCCCCGACGCCAGCGCCUACAUGCUGAUGCCCAACACCACGUCCACUCUCCGCUCCAAGCCCAAGGACGAUGGUUCUUCUAGCUCGAAGUACAACAUCAGCAUGGACCAGAUCCCCCAGGCUCGCAUCAUGCACCUGGGCAGCGGAUACGCAGAGCCCCAGGCAGCCUACGCGACCAAGCCGGUGACCGCCGAUCGCGCCAGCGUGUCGUACUCGGAGCGUGACUCGCCGCUGCAGAACGUGCACAACAUCUCCAGCGAGAGCCACGUCACCAGUCUGUUGGGCGACACCUUCGAUUCCAUGAACUCCAUGAUGUCGAAGAGUGAAACCAUCUCCACGUUGUCCAUGAGCUCGCUGGAGGUCAGCGAGGGGAGGCAGAAAUCUCGUUAUGCUGAGCUAGACUUUGAGAAAAUCAUGCAUACGCGGAAGCGCCAUCAGAACAUGUUCCAGGACCUUAACAGAAAAUUACAUCAUGCCGAGAAGGACAGGGAGUCGCCCGCUUCUGACAGCAAGUCUGUGAGGUGGAGCGUGUCCUCUGCAGGAAGCGACAAAACCAACCACAGCGACAAGCAACAAGCACCAGGCGAGCGUUCAUGGGAGAGCAUGCCACGUUCUCAGACCUCCCCACCUUCAUGGGUGCGAAAGGAUCUCGAGCCUUUGGCAGCAUCGCCCCUAGAUAUGCCCGGUGUGGAAUGGGAAAAGCCUGGCACUGCUAUCCCUCUAGUUGGCCAAGACAUCAUCGACCUGCAGACGGAAGUGUGAAAGCCUUGCUUUAAAAGAUCCUGUACAUCCAUGGCUCCUUUUGGUUUGGGGAGAGAAAAAAAAGGCAGAAGCGGAUGGAAAUUGAGAGGUGGAAGAAGAAAUCUAGAGCGUAAAGCUUAAGAAGGGAUAAGACGAGAACCAAAAACCAUGUCCUGUAAUCCAAAGAAUUUUUGAGAAGAUGCAAGAGAAGGAAAGCUGUCUGGUUGUGUAUUCAUCUGUGUAGCAAGCGUUAGCUCUCAGGUAGUGACGCCAAUGUUAGCGUGAGAGAAGCAGGAAAUCCGAUGGAUAGAUUGGUGCAUGGAGUGGCUUUGGUUCUCCUCUGGGCACGAAAAAGGUUCUCAUUUUUCCACCGAGAGCUUCUGUAACUCUUCCUUCUGGUCCAGGAGAGGUGUGGUCUUCAUGCCUGUGCCUUUUGUUCAGUUUUUCGUUCGACUUCAGCGUGGAAAGGUUGACCAGUCGCUCUACCGCUUGAGCUUGACCUCUUCCAGCGUCUCUCCUCUUAAAAUGAGAGAAAAACAGGCGCCGAGUGACUUCCCAGCGGCCUCGGCUGAAACGAACGGACACACGUCGCCAAAUGUUUGCGCUGUGAUUACGUUUUAUAUUGCUUCACGUAGCGCUGCUUCAGAGCUUAUAACAGACUCUUCCAUUGAACUCAAUUCAAAGUCGCUCAGCAUAACUUUCCUGGACU